CGAACAAUCGAACUUGAUUAGUUGAUUCACGAUCACCAAGAGAACAAUGGCAAACAACAUAAACACCGAAAAGCCCACCGUGAUGGUCACCAACGACGACGGAAUCGAAGGCCCCGGACUUCUCUCCCUCGUCCACGUCCUCGUCUCCACCAAUCUCUACAAUGUUCUCGUCUGCGCUCCCGACUCGGAAAACUCUGCUGUCAGUCACUGCAUCACUUGGCGACGUCCGAUUGCCGCCAAAAUAGUCGACAUCGCCGGAGCCACGGCCUUUGCAGUUUCCGGGACUCCUGCUGAUUGUGCUUCUUUGGGUGUUUCUGAAGCACUGUUUCCUUCUGUUCCCGACUUGGUGAUCAGCGGCAUAAACAAGGGCAGUAACUGUGGUUAUCACAUUACUUACUCUGGUACCGUGGCUGGCGCUCGGGAAGCUUUCUUUAAUGGUGUACCUGCUGUAUCUGUAUCUUAUGAUUGGGUUGAAGGCAAGAGUCGCAUUAAUUACUUCACACUUGCUGCUGAAGCUUGCUUACCUAUCAUAAAUGCAAUACUCGUGGAAAUAAAAAAUCAAACCUUUCCUCAAGGAUGUUUUCUGAAUGUAGAUUUGCCAACGGACCUUGCUACUCAUAAGGGGUAUAAGCUGACUAAACAGGGUAACAGUAUAAUCAAAAUGAAGUGGAAACAAGUUACUUCAAAGAUGCCAAAAAUGUUGUCAUCGAUGGAAAUGGAGAAAGAUUCAGCAGCAUCUACUGGAAUUGAUACAUCAACUACGCCAAAAGAAGAUCCUUUGUUCGCAAGAGAGGUAAUUGGUUUCCGACAUGAUAGUGAUGAUGAUACCGACCACAAAUGUGUUCAAGAAGGAUAUAUUACUGUCACUCCUCUAGGUGCGUUCACUAAUGCCGAGAUAGAUUGCAGCACCUACUUAAAAGAGUGGCUUCCAAAUGUAGCUGACCGCACCUCUUCAUCUGCCCUAUAAAGGAUUUAUAAACGGAUUUUUCAAAAUCAGGUGCGGCGACUCUGAUUCUCUGGGUUACUUGUUUUUGUUCCCCUGCAUUCAUUCAGACUGACAGGGUUUCGAUUGUAGAAUAUAUUCAACAUGUCAUCAAAGGGUCUUAUGUACCUCUUGUUAUAGUGAUACAGAUGAGCCCCCAUUCUGUGUUAGUGGUAUUGUUAAUCUAUAAACGAUUCUGGUAGCAGUUCAUGUCAGUUCAUGUUUUAAAUGACUACAGCUGAAAUAUUGUAAUCUCAUUCGAAUUCCUAAGAUGAAAUCAGUAACCCGAAUAUUUUGGGUUGGUGGUGAAA